UAAGGCUGCAUUUGUUUUCCAUGGAGUGAGGUGGUUAAAGUUCUGACUGACUGAACGCUAAUGCUCCCAAAGAAAACCCAUGCAGUCACAGUGAGAACAUGCAAACUUCACACUAAAAGUACCUGGACCCAGGACCUUCUGGCUGUGAUGCAACAGUGCUACCCACCGAUAUUAUUGAGCAUGCAUCAAGAGAAGGUCCUGGUAGGUUUUCACAACUAUCUUGAGCCAUGCUGACUGUAGUGCAUUGCACAGCUGCUGGAGGUGCCAGGACACCACCAUCGAGGUGCAAGUCUGGGGAAUUAGGGGGCAGGGUAGUACUUGGAAGUCUUGGUCAUGCUCUUCCACCAAAUGUGGGACGUUUCUUGCCGUGUGACGUGUCGCAUCAUCUUGCUGAAAGAUCCCAUCCGUGUACGAGGAUGCCAGGAUGGAUUCAUACUGAGUGGUUGAGAGAGCUUUCCACACCUUAUACCCACCAAGCAGCUCACCAAACAUGACUUCCUUCAUGAGCUACAUGCUGCAGCCGUUGAAAGUAGGAAGUGGUCAUAAUAAUGUGACUGUGUAUAAACGACAGAUGAAUAAUCAGUGACAGUUGUAAAUGUGUUAUAUCACUUUAAUCUGUGUUUACACGACAACAAGAGAGUCAGUCGGUCCUCAUCACAUGAUCACAUGAUCACAUCAGAUCAGAGCCGAGCGGAGAUCAGACCUUCAGUCAGAGAGAGAAACAGAGAAAUGGAUCCGUUUACUUUUACAUCUCACAAGUCUUCAUCCGACUGAGACUCAAGAACUGUGGUUGUGAUGAUGAACAUCCAGUCGUCUAUAAACAGAGAGAUCUUCACUCCGAGGGGUGAGAAGUUAUUACUGGUGAUCGAAGUGAGGAAGAGGAGGAGAAGAAGACUGACCUUCGGCCAUAAGAGCGACUACGCCACCUUCCUGUGUCUGUCAGUUACGAAUCGGAAGCCGCCGCAGGUUUUUCUAACCAAAGUGAAGCGGUACGAAUUCUCUCCUGGAUUUGAGAAACGAUCGCAGUGGAGUUUGGAGGAGCUCCGGCGUGUGGACGGCGUCGAUCCUGAACAGGACUCUCCGGAGUUUGAUCUGGUGUUUGAUCGAGUAUCUGAUCAGUGGAUCGCCGGAUCGACGGCAGAGAAAUGCAUGUUCGUACAAACCCUGUACCAGCUCUGUCAAAACUACUGGAGAAGUAAAACUGAGGCGAGCAGCACAGCGCCCCCCGCAGGUCAGAACACCCCCAGCACCUCCGCCUCCACCACCGCCACCGCUGGACCAUCAGCCACCUCAGAUGUCCAGAGAAAGAAACGCCGCCCUGCACCCAAACCAACAGAGUUCAUCAACUGUCAGGCGAAGCUGCUGGGAGAUUCCUGUUCCUUCAACAUGCUCGUGUACCGCUGCAAGAUCUUCCUGAACCGAAUGAGGAGCUCAGUGACCAGUGCACAGGACCAGACUCGACCCGGCACCCAAAAAACACUGACUGGUAAAGCCAGCAGGUCCAGGUCCAGUUCCUCACCUCCAGCACCGAGGAUUAUGGGUACUGCAGGUCAGAGGACCAGUAGUGUGUUGAGUGAACGAGGUGGUGAGAAACAGCUCGCUAAAACGUCCAAGAGCGGCUGAAGGAUGGAACCCUGUAAACGUCUCAGAUUCUUCUGUCCAAACAUAUACAGCUCAUCUAAAUAAUCAUUAAAAUCUAUCAAAUAAGUUGUAGAUUCAUGUAUGUAGUGAUUUUCUCACACUAAAUGUCACAUAUAUUUAUAAUUCAUUAAUAAUUCUACACUAAAGGUCAGAAGCAUAAAGUAGGAAAAGAUUCAAAAGCUACAGAAUUAAUCCUUUAUAUAUUAUUCAAUUAUUAUUAAUACAUUCAGUGUUUAUAAUGAUACUUUAAUCAUUUAAACUGUCUGACUGUGCAAAACAAACGAACUAAUCAGUUUACAGUCGUGUCUGAUUGUGUAAAUGUUAAUAAUGUGUGAAUGCUUUACAGAAGCUCUGAUAUUAUUAAUUAUUAUUAUUUAUUAUUAUUUAAAAUGUUAAGAAAUUGCUUCCAGUUUUAGUUUGGAUGUGCAGCCAACCAUCACAAAGCAAUGGCGGCGUAGAGACGAGAUAUGACAUAUUCAUGAACAUGGUACAGCAUUUUAUGCAGUUUAUUGUCGGGUGUCCACAUAUUUUUGCAACAUAGUGUAUUUUAUAAUAUUUACAACUAAAAGUCCUGGAGCUCCUGUGCUGAGGUGCUUUAUUCCCGAGUUUUGACUCUAUUUCUAACCACAGAUUCCAACUUCAAACCCAAAUUCUGGCUCUAACCCAACCUAUAUCCAUAUGCACCACAUAGCCAAAAGUAUUCGGACACCUAACCAUAAGCAUGCUCGCUUUACAUCACUGAUUUAUUACACCUGUUAGUCAUUGUUGUGACUGACGCACAUACUGAUUGAAACUUAGAAGGGGUGUCCCAAUACUUUUUAAACCAGACCAUUUAAACCUUAGACAUGACAUUACUGUAAGUCAGAAAGCAAAAUGAAAUAAUUAUAUUAUAUUAGAAGCAGAAUUGAUGUUAGAUUGAUCAGUGAUAAUGAUUCUGAAUAAAUCAUCAUGUUAAACCCAGACAGAUAUGAAGUGUGUGUAAGUGUGUGUGUGUGUGUGUGUGUGUGUGUGUGUGUGUGGAGCAACAAUGACUGAAUAAUGAAGCAUAAAUGUUGAUGUAUUUGUUCUGUUGUGGAUUAUUAAGCAUGUACAUUAAUUCAUGUCUUUAUUGUGUCUGUAAUAGUAUUUUUAAAUGUUUUAAAUGUUGUCGCUUGUCUUUUUGUCUUGUUAAUAAUUUUAUUUAAAUAAAUCAAAGACAAAAAUCA